CCGAUGAUGGGUAUAAUUGUUUAACGUAAACAGACCCAGACUUCAAGAACACUUUAUAGUGUCCUCAAAUUCAGAGGUGUUAAUUUUUAUAUCAGAGUAGGCGAUCCAAAGUUCUUCAAGGAGUUACGUAUAAUUGGGAUUACUAUUCAGCUGAUAUUUGUCCAAAGGAACUGCAGGAUAAUGGAAUUUCCAAUAGUUGUCCUGGGAGACGCAUCCGUUGGUAAAACAUCAUUGAUAUCGCAAUAUAAAUGGAAUAAUCUACCAACACAUGAGGACUCCACAAGGGAGAUGACAUUCUGGUUAAUAAAUAAACCAAUUUUGUGUCCGAAAGACAAGCUAAAAGUAUGGGAUACGCCAGGACGAAGGCGAUUUCAAAAUGUAGUUCGCAGCAAUUUACCAGAGAGUAAAGGUGCCUUGGUGGUCUAUGACAUCCACGAUCGGGAAAGCUACAGGAAGGCCAGAGAUUGGGUUGCGGAACUAAAAGCAUUGAAGAGAUCGGAUAAGUUUAUAAUUGUCUUAGUAGGCAAUAAAGUGGAUAUAGCUAAAGGUCGUGAGGUAUCCACUGCUGAGGCCAAGGAUUAUGCCAAGAGACACGACUUGAUAUGUAAGGAAACCUCUGCAGUGACGAAAUGUAACGUGGCAGCGUGUUUUGAUGAGCUUAUAAAAGCUAGCCUCGCGGAGAAUUAAUGGCAUAACAGAAAGUUAAUGGAAAUAUAUAAAUGACAAG